UGACUCGUGUCAUAUGAUCAUCGCUGUAUAAGGUCAGUAGCACGCAGCUGGUGAGUUUUAGUGCUGCAGGUGCGCGGAAGGACGAGAAGGACACGCGUUAGUUUCCUUGCGUCCGGUCAGUAUUGAACCCCGCGCUGUCCCGUUACAAAUCACCGCGAUGCGCGCGCUCGCCCUCUUUGUUUUGUUGGCGUUUAUCGGCGGGUCUGCGGCCGACACUCCGGCCAACUGCACCUAUGAGGACCUGCUGGGCACCUGGAUCUUCAGCGUAUAUAAUGUGGGUCAAGACCGAACCAUCAACUGCUCCAGCACAGGAAAGUCAGUGAAAACUGUGACUGUGGACCUGCAGAAGUUGUCUCUAGCGGUGGAUGAGCUCGGUUACACUGGCUUCUUCACUCUCAUCUAUAACCAGGGCUUUGAAGUGGUGAUCAAUGACUACAAGUGGUUUGGGUUUUUCAAGUAUUCUAAGCAGGGUUCAGAGGUGACCAGUUACUGCGAUCAGACACUACCUGGUUGGGUUCAUGAUGUUUUGGGGAAUAACUGGGCCUGUUUCACUGGGAAGAAGGUGCAGCCCAUCCCACCUCGAAUCGACCACAAUCACAUGCUUGGAUUUGAACACAAUCUGCUCAUGAAGCUGCCAUACACAAACAACAUGGAGUUUGUGAAUCAAAUAAACUCUGUUCAGAAGUCCUGGAAAGCGACAACAUACAGUCUCCAUGAGACCUUCACCAUACAGGAUAUGCUGAGAAGAUCAGGAGGACAUGCCUCUCGUAUACCGCGACGUGUCAGGCCUGUGAUGGUUUCCGCAGACAGUAAGAUGGCAGCCGGUCUUCCAGAACACUGGGACUGGAGAGACGUGAACGGACUCAGUUAUGUUAGCCCUGUCCGCAACCAAGAGCUCCUUCAGAUGCUCAGGAGGCAUUCGAGGAGGAAGGAGUGGGGAUUAGAGGAUGGAUCUGUAGGACAAACUCAAUGCGGCAGCUGUUACUCUUUCGCUAUUAUGGGAAUGCUUGAAGCACGAGUCCGAAUCCAAACGAACAACACACAGCAGCCGGUGUUCAGUCCACAGCAAGUGGUGUCCUGCUCCCAGUAUUCUCAAGGUUGUGAUGGAGGUUUUCCAUACCUGAUUGGUAAAUACAUCCAGGACUUUGGCAUUGUGGAGGAGGACUGUUUCCCGUAUAUCGGGGUUGAUUCUCCCUGCAAAGUACCUGAGAAAUGCGCAAGGUAUUAUGCCUCUGAUUAUCACUACGUGGGUGGGUUUUACGGCGGCUGCAGUGAGGCGACCAUGAUGCUGGAGCUGGUCAGGAACGGCCCCAUGGGCGUGGCCCUGGAGGUGUACCCAGAUUUCAUGAACUACAAGGAGGGCAUCUACCAUCACACCGGCCUCCGUGACUCCAACAAUCCGUUUGAGCUGACCAAUCACGCCGUGCUGUUGGUGGGGUAUGGGAAGUGCAAUAAGACUGGCGAGAAGUACUGGAUCGUGAAGAACAGCUGGGGAGCCGGAUGGGGCGAGAAUGGGUUUUUCAGAAUCCGUCGUGGAACAGAUGAAUGCGCCAUUGAGAGCAUUGCUGUAGCUGCUACACCAAUCGCCAAACUUUAGAGAGUGUAGACCGAUUAAUGAUCAGGUGAAAUAUUUCAGAGUAUUUUGAUAAUGGCAGUUCUGAAAAUUGGAAAUCAGUGCUGUUCUAUUUUUUUAAACUUUGUUGCUAAGUUAAACUUCAAAAAAAAAUUUAGUAAAAACUGUCUUUUCCCAUGACCUCCAGCAGACAGGUUAAGUGAUCAAAGAAGCCAUAAAGAUUGAACUUCACAAUAUUUCUCCCUUUCGGUUUCUUUUUGUAGCAAACAGUUUGAAAACGUGAAGUUUCAAAUCAAUAGAGACUUGUUUCACUCUCAUUUCCCAAUUCCUCAUACAUUACGAAACUUUAAACUAACUUCAGUUUGGCUUCAAGGUUCUUCUCUUUGGUCUCUAGAGAAUUUAUACAUCUUCUGUGCCUUUUACUGCUUCUGUUUUUGGUGGGGCCAUUUAGUUUCUGCCUCUUCAAGUUCCCCAGUUAUCAUCUUCCUCUGAGACACCUGUCCACCUGAUUCAGCCGGUUAUGUUCCUGUCUUGGGUCACCAACUCUUCCAAUUGUUGCGGUCACCCAAAACCAACCCCACUUAUGGUUUUAAAUUGACCUAAAAAUCUUAAUUUGUUUUUUAAAACACAAAGUUGUCUUGUCCUUUUUUGUACUGUUCGUGUGGAUUUCCACAAGGACUGUAUGAUCCAAAACAGCAUUUCAAAUAUUUUUUUUCUUUUUUGUUUUUUUUUUCUUCUAGUUAGAUCUGUGCUAAUGAAAGUAGGGUGCCUUCAGGUCCUGCGAUGUGCCUUAGCUGCUUAAAAAUUUUUUUUUUUUUUUUUUAAGAAAAAAAAGGGAUUUAAGAUUUCCAUUGAUCCAUGUGAGCUCUGAAUGUCACAUUUGUACUCUGCCACCUCAAUUUUUACACCACUCUUUUAAUUGGACAUAAAGUUAUUUUGUCAAGUUUCUCAGGAAAAUCAGUACUUUUGGUUUAAUGAACCACACUUUAUCAAUAGCAGUAGACUAAAGGGAUGUGUAUGUGUAUUUUGAGUCCUUUGCCAACAGUUAAGCUGCUCAAGAAUAUUUGAAUCCAAUGGUUUUAUCACAAUCUCUGAUUUUGGCUUUUUUUUUUUGUGCUCCUGUAUACGUGUCAUGAUUUUAAUAAAGUUGCUUUUUAAGGUA